AUGGGUAACAAACAAGAAGAGCUGGAGGCCAUGGUGCAACAGCAGAACUAUGAUGUAGUUGACAUCACAGAAACAUGGUGGGAUGACUCACAUAGCUGGAGCACUGCACUAGAUGGCUACAAGCUCUUCAGAAGAGAUAGGAAAGGGAGAAGAGGUGGAGGAGUGGCCCUUUAUAUUAAGGAGGCUUUUGACGCCAUAGGUACUGCAACUUAUGAAGAUGGAGUUGAAUGCCUAUGGGAAGAAGUGGUGGACAACUUAUUCUACAAGCAGCUAGAUACUGUUUCAGGAUCAUCACCCCUUGAUCUUAUGAGUCGACAAGGUAAACGCCCAGCUUGGAUGGGCAAGGAGGUUUUGAAGGAACUUAAAAAUAAAAGGAGGAUGUAUCAUCUUUGGAAAGAGGGUCAGGCCUGUCAGGAAAUAUUUAAGGGGGCUGCUACAGCAUGUAGGGAAAAAAUUAGGGAGGCCAAAGCUCAGUUUGAACUCAAAAUGGCGACUUCUGUAAAGGAUAAGAAAAAAUGCUUUUACAAAUAUAUUAAUGGUAAAAGGAAUGGUAAGACAAACAUUUGCUCUUUAGUGGAUGAGGGAAGGAGCUUAGUAACUGCAGAUGAGGAGAAGGCAGAAGUGCUUAACGCCUUCUUUGUCUCAGUCUUUAGUGGGAAGAUGGAUUGUCCCCAGGACAACUGUCCUCCUGGGUUGGUUGAUGGUGCCAGGGAACAGAAUGGUCCCCCCAUUAUCCAUGAGGAGGCAGUCAGAGAACUGCUGAGAUGCUUGGAUAUUCAUAAAUCUAUGGAACCAGAUGGGAUCCAUCCCAGGGUGAUGAGAAAGCUGGCAGAUGAGCUUGCGAAGCCACUCUACGUAAUUUACCAGCAGUCUUGGCUCACUGGCGAGGUUCCAGAUGACUGGAAGCUGGCCAAUGUGACACCCAUUCACAAAAAGGGUUGGAAGGAGGAUCCUAGUAAUCAUAGAACAGUCAGCCUGACUUCAGUACCUGGCAAGAUAAUGGAGCAAUUUACACUGAGUGACAUCAUGCAGCAUCUACAGGAUGGCCAGGGUAUCAGACCUAGUCAGCAUGGGUUUAGGAGAGGUAGGUCAUGAUUGACCAACCUGGUCUCCUUUUAUGACCAGGUUACCCGCCUGGUAGAUGCAGGAAAGGCUGUGGAUGUUGUCUACUUGGACUUCAGCAAGGCCUUUGACACUGUCUCACACAGGAUACUGCAGGAAAAGAUGGCAGCCCAUGGCUUGGACAGGAGCACUCUUUGCUGGAUUAGGAACUGGCUGGAUGGCCGGGCCCAGAGAGUGGUGGUGAAUGGUGCUGCAUCCAGCUGGCGGCCAGUCACCAGUGGUGUCCCUCAGGGGUCUGUGCUGGGGCCAGUUCUGUUCAAUAUUUUUAUUGAUGACAUGGAUGAGGGUAUUGAGUCUUUCAUUAAUAAAUUUGCAGACAACACUAAGUUGGGAGCGUGUGUCGAUCUGUUGGAAGGUAGGAUGGCUCUGCAAGACCUGGAAUGGUUGGAUCGAUGGGCAGAGUCUAACAAGAUGAAGUUUAAUAAGUCCAAGUGCCGAGUCCUGUAUUUUGGCCACAAUAAUCCCCUGCAACGUUAUAGGCUGGGCAUGGUGUGGUUGGACAGUGCCCAGGCAGAAAGGGACCUGGGAGUACAGUUUAACAGCUGGCUGAACAUGAGCCAGCAGUGUGCCCUGGUGGCCAAGAAGGCCAACGGCAUCCUGGCGUGUAUCAGGAAUAGUGUGGCCAGCAGGAGCAGCGAGGUCAUUCUCCCCCUGUACUCGGCACUGGACUUGCUUUUCUAG